AUGCCGCUCCAAGCUACUAAAGCGACUGCGAGCGACACCCGGGCCGAGUGGGCCCACAAAGACAGGCCUCGGCUCCCGGCACGCUCGGGCUCCCCUCCCCGCGACCCCGGCCUCGCCCCUCGUCCGCACCCUCAGGCUGCGGGGGCUUCUCCACAGAGCGGAGCCCCUCACCCCGGCCUCCGCGGCCUCCCGGAGCUGGCGCGCGCCCCACCGCCGCUCACACACCGACCUCGCGCGCCUCCUGUAGCCGCCGCCUCCGACUCCCUCUCGGCGCGCUCCGUGCGGCGGGCGGCCUCAGCAAAAGCCUCCGCCUCAGGAAAAGAUCUACACGAAACGCUUCCUCAUUGGCUCUCGCCUCCCCACCUGACCCUGGCGCCCUACGCGCACGUGGAAAACUGUUGUUGCCGCGCAGCCUGUGCGUCACUUCCGGCCCCAACCCCCGAAAAGGCCGGGCUGAAGCCUGCGGAGGCGGAAGGAAAAGAUUCUUCAAAAAAAAAAUCCCAGAAGAAAAAAUUGGAAGAUGAGAAAGAAAUAUGCCUAAAAGCCAAGUCAGAAGGAUCAGUUGCAUUAAAUGAGGCAAGGAAAAACACAGUGAACACAAAUAUUCUCCCUGAACGUGCGGAAUUACUUGAUUCAUCUGCUUUUGUGAGACCACUAGCUCCAAAAACAAGAAGUGUACAAAAUAACAUAUUAACUUUUAAUCUAAUUAAACAAGAUACCAGAAAACCAGAAUCUACCUUGGAAACAGUAGUUAACCAAGAUACAGGUAUAGGUGGUUUUCACACAUCUUUUGAGAAUCUAAAUUCUACAACUAUUACUUUGACAACUUCAAAUUCGGAAGGUGUUCAACAGUCUUUGGAAACCCAGGAAGUGCUUGAAAUAACUACCAACCAUCUUGAUAAACCAAGCUUUACAAAUAAUUCUGUGGAAAUAAAGACAACACAAGAAAUGCCACUCUUACUCAGCACAAUUAAUCAAACAGUUGAAGAAUUAAACACAAAUAAAGAAUCUGUUAUUGCCAUUUUUGUACCUGUAGAAAAUUCUAAACCUGCAGUUAAUUCUUUUAUAUCUGCCCAAAAAGAAACUGUGGAAAUGGAGGAC